AUGCGUCCCUCAAACCCCCGCCCCCCAGUGACAGGCCCGGACUCCGGCCCCGAAGCUCCCUUCCCCAUUCGCCUUUCUGGACCUGUGAUCAAGGGCUUCGGACGCGGGAGUAAGGAGCUUGGUAUCCCAACAGCAAACAUCCCCGUCGACGGACUAGAGGAGGUGCUCCCCAAAGAAUUGGGGGUGGGCGUUUACUAUGGCGUUGUUGCGCUGGACCCAGCCACAGCGCCCGCGCCUUCAUCAUCUGAUUCUACAUCAGGAGACGCGGCUCCGAUCCUCCCGGCUGUGCUCAGUAUAGGUUAUAAUCCAUACUACAAGAAUAAGACGCGCUCGAUUGAAAUCCACAUCAUGCCCUCCCUAACCCUGCCCUCUCCAACGGCUCCCAGCGAAGAAAAAGAAAAAGUCAAAUUUCACAAACUUCCCGACUUCUACGGCACAAAGCUCAACCUGCUGAUGCUAGGGUAUAUCCGGCCUGAAUACGACUACGUUUCGAUGGAGGCACUGGUCGAGGAUAUUCGUAUUGAUUGCGAGGUCGCGAGGGCGAGUCUGCUCCGCCCGGCUUACCGAGUGUAUCUGGAUGGAAAUGAGGACGAAACGGUUAGCGCGCAGAGGGAUUGGCUGAGGUCGUUCUGA